GGAAAUUGCCCCCCGCUCUGAGCGCCAGCCUAAUUCCCCGCAAUGGAAACGCGGCCGGGAAAGGUGUAACUUCUCUGCACCAUGGACUGUAACUGCGUCUCGGACUUGCUGCUCACCUCCCCGAUGCCAGCUCUCUGGACUCCAGGGUUCGCCUUCCCAGACUGGGCUUACAAGCCGGAGUCCAGCCCCGGCUCACGUCAGAUCCAGCUGUGGCAUUUUAUCCUGGAGCUGCUGCAGAAGGAAGAAUACCAAAACGUCAUCGCCUGGCAGGGGGACUACGGGGAGUUUGUCAUCAAGGAUCCGGACGAGGUGGCCCGGCUGUGGGGCAUUCGUAAAUGCAAGCCCCACAUGAAUUACGACAAACUGAGCAGGGCCUUGAGGUACUAUUACAAUAAGAGGAUUCUGCACAAGACAAAAGGCAAACGUUUCACCUACAAGUUUAACUUCAGUAAGGUGGUCUUGGUGAACUACCCGCUCUUGGACAUGGCGGCCAACUCCCCGUUUCUGCUGGCCCAGAAUCCUUUCAAUGGGAGCAACCCUGGAGCUGAUUGUGCCCCACUGACCCCCGAGGCCCUUCAAAGCCUCUUUACUAGCCCUCGCUUGGCCGAUCCCGCCACCCGGACCCCACUCUUUGACCGUCAAUCAGAGACAGAAAAACUACGGCUGGAUGCGGCCUUUCCUUUCCUGGGGUCAGGUGUUGCCGGAUAUACGAAGCCCCCCAGUUUGCUGACUCCAUAUGGGAGGAAUGCAUCCUUCCCAGAUUACCCCUGGAAUUUCAACCCUUAUCUAUCCAGCGCUUUCCCUUUAAACAGUUCCAAGCUCCCUGCUUCUCUCUACUCUCCUCAUUUCUAUCCCAACCCCUUAUCGGGGUCACUGGCCCAGCUCCCGACCCCCAUCUCGCUCCUGCCCACAGAAAGCACCGAGCGAGGCGCAGCCCUCGGGGUGGGCUCUGUCCCCCGUCUCUGCCUGCCCCCGCAUGGCACAGCCCUACCCCUGCGGGGGGAUGGGAAUGGGACCGGCCAUCGCGAUAAGGAGUUACUGGGUGCCAGGCCCCAGAGCCCGUCCGGGGUCCGAGGGGCCAAAGAGGACGCCGGCUCAGAUUCUGAGCUGGAGAUCACAGAUCUGAGUGAAUGUAGUUCGGAGAAUGAAGGCUGUGAUUUUAGCCCCGACAGCUUGGAGGUGCUAGAGAGCCAGGUGCAGGGUUACAAGCGGCUGGAGACCGGGCGGACCGCAGGAGCCACUCCGAACCCUUCAGACGAGGCAACCAAGGUCGGUCUGAAUGCCGUCAAGGAAGGGAAGAGUCUCCCAGGCAGCUGAACCCAGGCUGCUGGGGGCCAACGGCUGGCUCUUCUCCAUCAGCAGGCCAGAUUCUUAAAAGAGUGGAAAGGAAAGGAAAGGAAACGAAAACCCCCCUGCUCUGUUUGUUCGAUGUCUCUAUUUUUAUAGGAAAAUUUUAUUCAUGGAAUAUAACAAGUCUAACCCUUCAAACCAUCUCCUCCCCCUUGGCUCCCCACUCCUUCAGGUGGGGCUGGAAGACCAUCCCGCCUCAAAAAAAGUCAACUGGGGGGGCCCUUCCUCGGCAGCCCGCACCCCAUUGGUUUCCAAAGAACGAUCUGACUUAAGUUUGGUGCGAAAUCCUCUUGCACACCAAAGGGCGGUGGAAAAGGGGGCAGGCAGAGGCGAGGUAUGGGUCGGCCUUGCCAUGUUUUUGCACUACGGCUUCCACAAGCCCCAACCAGCACAGUCAGUGGUGAGGAAUGAUGGGAGCUGUGGUUGAUGAGCAUCUAGAAAAUCACCUGUCCCCCAGGUGUGUGGCAAGGCGGCCCACCUGCAAGACCGGAAAGAGCCGUUUCCGCACCCUCUGCCAGAUACAAGGAGCCUGCCACCAGCCCAAAGAGUUAUUCUUAGGUUCUCUUCCACACCCAGCGCACAGAAGUUCCUGCCCUGCUCCACAGCACCUCUUGAGAAAUCUCACAAGCUAAGCUAAUCCCCUUCAACAUACCCUCAUCCUCGACCUUCCUUUCCUUUCACAUUGUGAAAGCAAGGGUCCGGUCCUCAUUGAGGUGUGGAAACCCGUGUGCCAUUGCGGCUGGCAGAAAGCACUUGGGUGGCUGGCCUGGAGAAUCUCGCCACAAUGGACUUAGUGGUUGCAUAGAUCAGCCUUUUAAAUAUAGAGGCACAGGGAAGUUAAACAUACUACAUUUUUCUGUGUAUAAGACG